GUGCGGAGGCGGAGGCGGUGGCGGUGGCGGGGCCCCCAUCCCGCGCCCUCCAUCCCGGGGCUCUUCCAGCGGGGCUCCCGCCGGGCACCCUCCCUUCACCCGCCUACCGGGGUGCCCGAAGCCCUGUGCUCCACCUAUGGAGUGCCCGGCUCUCCGCAGGGCCGCGAUGAGCGCGGCGGACCGCGCUGCGGGGAGCGCGCGCUGCCCGAGGCUGGCAACCCCCCGUGCCUCCUCCAGAUCCGCGGAGUCGCGGUGUCCCAGCCAGGAGGAUUUCUCUCCCCUGCCCUCCGUCAGUGAGCGCUUGGCCCAUCUGAACCCCUCCCACGAGCUGCUGGAGUAUUACCGCAAGAAGAUCGCUGACUUCGACGAGGAGCACGAGGAACUGGUGAAAAGGCUGGAGAAAUACAAGCAAACCUAUGAUGAGCAGCACCAGCUGCAGUGGGAGGUCCGCCACCUGGAAGAGGAGAUUGCAGAGCUGCAGAAGGCUUUGAGUGACAUGCAGGUGUACCUGUUCCAGGAGAAGGAGCAAGUCCUUCGCCUGUACUCGGAGAACGACCGUCUGAAACUCAGGGAAUUGGAGGACAGGAAAAAAAUCCAACAACUCCUGGCUAUACUGGGAGCAGAUGAAGGAGAAAUAACAUAUUUUCAUAAGGAGCCUCCACAUAAGGUUACUGUUCUGCAAAGGCCAGCAGAGACCCAAGAACAAGAUGAUAUUUCUAGCACAGGUACAGAGAAGAGUGCUUCAAAAGCAACAGCAAAAGCAGAGAAAUUAAGAAGUUCGGGGAGAGAUCAAAAAGAUGAUGACACACUUUUACUACAGGUGAAGGCCCUGCAGGCUCAGAUAGAAGAACAGACACGAUUAACCAAGGAACAGGUUGAGGCACUACUGGAGGACAGGCGGAUUCAGAUGGAGGAAGCUGAGGUCCGGCAUCAGAAGGACCAGGAAAAGAUAAAAGCCAUCACAGAAAAGCUCCAUAAGACCCAAAAUCUCUUAUAUGAGAGUACCAGGGACUUUCUCCAGCUCAAGUUUGAUGCCAGAGCCAAUGAGAAAGCAUGGAUGGCAGAGAAGGACAGUCUGUUGAGGAAACUUGGCAAAGAUCUGGAUCAUCUUGCUUUCAGCACAGAGUCAGGACAGAAGAAGCAGACAGAGCUGAAGAAGAUGUUUCAAGCAAGUGAUGGAGCAUCAAAACUCCACAGCAGAGAAAUAAAGUUACUGCAAGACAAGCUAGUGCAGGAAAAGCACCUGUCCCACAUGUACAGAGAGCAGUGUGUCUCCCUGGAAGGGGAGGUGGCCAGGAUCCGUGAGGAGAGAGAUGCUGGCAAAGAACUCUUUCAGGAACGCUCAGAAAAGAUGGGGAAGCGCCUGAAACUGAUGACUCAGCGAUGUGAAGCCUUGGAAAAACGACGUAGUAUGGAAGUAGAAGGCUUCAAGAAUGACAUUAAACAGCUUCAGCAGAAACUGAAAGAUGUAGAGAAGAAGAUUUAUAAGGUGGCUUUGAAUUUGGGACCAGACCAGGAUCUUGCAAUUCUACGUGAGAUUCGCCAAGGAAACAAGCUAACACGUAAAAUUCAAGGAGAACUAAAAGACUUAAAAGCAAAAAUCUACAUCUUAGAGGAUGAACUACGGCACUGCUGAAGCUGAAUUAUUACCUGACAUCCUAAUUUUAUGAAUAGGACAUUGCUAGAACUUGAAUAGUCGUAUGCAAGAACAGCUCCUGCUUGUUUGUUUCCUGGCAUCCAUCAACAGAAGGUUGAAGAAAUCUGCUGUUAAUAUCAUAAACAUACAUGAGCCAUUCCUAAUGUACCAGAUUAUAUUGCUGUUUGAGCUGAGAGAUAACACCUGAUAAAACUGACUUUAAAAGUACACGAUGACUGAUACAUCAGGAGUGUGUGUGUGACUGUAUCUUCAUAUCUGUGCUAGGGAUCAGUGUAUACUGCCCUUUGCCUUUGUUUGCAGCAUAUUAUAAAUCACAUACAUGGUUUUAAUUAAAUUAAUAAUCAUAGAAGGAUCUAGUUGAAGAUCUGAAUUUUGGCUGACAUUUUCCUAAGUGAGAAGCAGCUUUUAAAAUAGUUCACAUGAUUCCUGUUUUGGUGCUUAACGUCUCAGGAUGUGACUGGAAAUUCUCAUAUAGAAAGUCUGUCCAGGAGUCAAAUGUAAGACCUUUUAGUACAGGAUAACUAUUUUAAAAUGGCUCCCAUUUGUUUGGUUUUAACCUAAUUGGAACAAACCUAAGUGAUUUAAUAUGGUGGGAAAAGAUAACCCAUUUUAGAACUCUUCUGCAAGGGUGAGCAACAGAGUUCUGAAUGCUUGGUGGGGACGGAGGUACUACACAACUGAAAUUCAUCUUCUCUUCCCCUUCCUCGCAAUUUUUUUUUGACAUGCAGAGGAAGCCCAUAAUAAAGGGGACCCAGUAUCUUGCUUAACCACCAUAUUAUCUGUUUCUGUAGCUCUAAACAAGAUCAUGGUUAUGUGAAGAGAAAUCUGGUCAGCUUCUGCUACAGCAGUUGUUGCUACUGAGCUGUAACAAACAGGGGUGGAAGAGCAGGUGCUCAGUUGCUAGAUGAAACCUGUCACUGCAGCUGUAUAUGGUGAUUGUCUUCAUACCAGACAUCACAAUUCUAGAAAACAGAUGAAAUCAUGACAGGUUACAACAUGGCUUCAGCCCAGUUUAUAAUUGCAGGUAUUCGUGCUUUUACUGUACAUCUAUAAGUCUUGUCCACCUUGCAGCCUGAGAGCAGAUCUGUAGUGGAGAAUGGAUUUCAAUGCCUGUUUCCUACUUUAGCUUUUUUUUCUUGUUUCUGAAGUAUAUACCAUGUAGGCUACUAGCCCCUUCCUUCCCCUUUGAGAAGAACUUAGUGUGUGAAAUUUCUUCUGGGUGUGGAAGUGGCCAUGCAGAUCCUCAUUCAGUGUUUCAUAGGUAGAUAUGGAAAAGAUGGAUGUGAAGGUUUGGAGAAAUAAGAAUUGUUUUUAUAGCAUCAGCUAAAGCAAUGCAGGAGGGGAAAUGCCCUUAAGACACCCAUACCCACAUCAGUUGUCUGAACAUUUUUGUGACAAACUUGCUGUCCUGUAUGGUCCUGUACUGUGGCUUUUAUUCUGUAUGUGUUCUUGAGGGCAGUUGGUCACAGACUUCAGUGUCCUGACAGUCUGUCCCUGGGUGCUCAACUACACUGCAAAGGGAUUGUUUUAAAGGAUGUUGCACUGAUCAGUUGAGCUGAAAAUGCUGAACUGUUCAGAAACUGUUCAUUAACAACUCAGGUGCCGAUGUGAUGUGGACAGUUAAGAAGGAUAUUUCAUGGUAUCCAUCAUUUAGUCUCACUCUCUCCUAGCUGGCUGGCAUUUUUGUAGAGAAAUCAAGCUGAUUAAAGUGACUUUGUAUGUGAAAUAACAUACUACUGGUUUGAAGAUAUCAAUUCUAUCACAGGGCUUAGAAGGCUGCUUCUGAGAAUUGCUACAUAAUGAAACCUUAGCCACUCAUUCAGCAGGAUCCAUCUACUUAAAUUCAGCUGAUGGGAACCUAGCAAAAAGGUCUCUUGAACCUACAGAAUCCUGUUUAUUUUCAACUCUUCCAAGUUGAAGAAUUGCCUGUGAAAUGACAUUUUCCUCAUUUGAAAGCCAUGAAGUGUGUCUGGACUUCAAGCUUUGAUAUUCAGGUUUGUAAGACUGGGAGGAAGUAUUGGGGGAAGAAGGAUGUAAAUGUUUAAUUUCCCGUCUUCCUUACCAAUAUUCUUUAGACUUCAGAAAGACUGAACAGAAUAAAAUUACAACAUUCCUAAUAUAUCUGCUAGUGUAUCAAAAUUCAAGUGCAGUUUGAACAUGAUUCUUAAUAUGUCACUAGGCUAUGAACACUUCCUAUGUGAGGGGGUGGGAGGGAAAUUACGGUAUUGUUACUCUGUAAAUCCAUUUUAUUUGGAAGCUUUGAAUAUUUUUCCAAGUGCAGGAAGUGCAAAGUAUUGUACAGCUUUUUCUGUGUGACAUCACGUGAUCCUGUGAAAUGUUGCCAAAACAAAUGGGGACCUUCAUGCCAAGAACUGCUUUAAAGAGCCAAGUGCUUCUUACCACUGACAACUACCCUUUAAAAUGUCAACAAAGCAUUAUUGGCAUUUUCAGAAGGGUUUUCUGGGAGAAGUUCCACUAUGUUAAUUACUCAUAUUUUUUUCCUUACAAUUUCUGGGUAGAAAUCAAGAAAUAGCAUUUACUCCAAAGAUUAGCUUUUCUGGUAAUUGAAGUUAUUAAUAUGUGACUUAUUUCAAUACAGCUAAUGCCAGGUUAUGAGUGUAGGAGGACAGAAUCUGAAAGAUUUGUAAAAUGUCUGCUUCUAAUAUUAUUGAGACUAUACUACAGGAUUAAAAGUUAGAACUGGACAAAUGUUCUUAUUGUGAGCCAAGAUACUAAAGUAUCUCUUGCACAACUAGGAGAGAAAUGAGGAGCAGGGGAAGCCUUAUUGUUUAGCUUCAUUUAAGUAAGGAAGGAGUGCCUACUUUUCAGAAGGAAUGUUGAAAUAUUAGUUAAGGCACAGAACCACAGAUGAUUCAGAGGAAGAGAAAAGGUUGUGCAAGAGCUCAUUUUGUCUUGCAUUAAAAAGACAGAUUAAGAUAUGUCUCUUGAAGACAAAAAAAACCUACCAAAGGCCUCUUUAUCCUAGCAGGGCAAUGCUGAGCAAAAACAAGUAGCCUGAACCUGAA